AUGUCGAGGCUCUUAGGCCUGUCCUUUCUCUUCUGCCUCGGACUUCCCUUUGCCCUGUUCGCUCUCUUCACCACCACUCUGGCACUGGGCACUCUCCUAUUACGACUACUCUUUGUGUACUUCGAUCUGUUUCUCGCCAUAUUGAACGGCGCCAUAGUUCCGUCAUCUCCUCCAACGCCUCUCGCAUCUCCGAGUGCCGUCCUCCCGACGCGACGCAAGAAGCACAACACACCACCCACGCCGUCAGCGGCGCUGCGGAAGACCCCUUCGUUCGCAAGUCUUGUUGGUAGCGGAACGGACAGAGACUUUGAAGGAGUCGGGGGGUGGAGAUUCCCGGAGAGUGCAGACGAAGAAGCCGUCUGGAUGAACAUAAAUCGACAUCUUGAAUUACCCGCUUCGCCAGCUGCCACGAGAAAACACAGGAGGACAGGGACAGGCAAUGGGGCACAGAGUCCGAUGGUGGCCAGGACAAUGGCCCGGACUCCAGGGAGUGCAAGUCCAGAAGGCUACUUCAAUAUCAGGGUCGAGAGUAGGGACGAUUUGGGCAUGACUUCUAGAGGCAACGCGUGA